GCCUCGUAUCUCUGGCACUGCGCAAUGCAAUCGCAGUAUCCUAUGGCAGCUGAGGAGAGGAGCAAUGGCCCUUGACAAUUUUCUUUUCGGUCAGUGCAUACUUUAUUUUCUUGCUUUUUUAUUUGGUUUUAUCUGUGUUGUACCGCUAUCGGAAAACAGCGAUGAUUUUCAAGGAAAGUGCAUUUUGUUCACUGAGGGAAUGUGGCAGAACGAAAAUAUGACAGUCGGAAAGCAACGCUUCAUGAUCCAGGAAUGGGCAUCUGAAUCCUCCUGCCGCUUUAUUACUUUCGUCGGCAUCUUCUCCCUCAUUCUCUCUGCUAUUCAAGCAUGGCGGACGUUUUUCUAUCUUUGUAAAGGCCACGACGAUUCCUUCUUCCAUGCCUUCCUGAACUUGCUGUUGAGUCUGCUGGUUGUGUUCUUAGUGUUUGUGGCCAGCACCAUCACCAGUGUCGGCUUCGAUUCCUGGUGUGAUGCUGUCACAGAAAACGGGGCCAUGCCAAGCAGCUGUGAGGAUCUGCAGGACACUGAUCUGGAACUUGGUGUGGAUAACUCAUCUUUUUAUGACCAGUUUGCCAUUGCACAGUUUGGCCUGUGGUCAGCUUGGUUGACGUGGUUAGCCAUCACGGUUAUGGCCUUCCUCAAAGUUUACCACAACCACCGUCAAGAGGACCUCCUGGACAGUCUGGUUCAUGAGAAGGAGCUGCUGCUUGGCAGGGGGUCUCCUCGCAGGGGCUCUGGAUCUGACGAACGCAGUGGAAUGAUCUAGCAUAAAUACACCUUGGACCAGGAAGAAAGGCUAAUCUUCUUAUUAGACAUUGAGUAUACACACAUUUACACAACAAAGCUCUCCCAUGCUGUUCUUCCAUACAGAACAAAACAACAUCAUAAAAUUAAAUAGUUCCCAAAGAUAAUUUAGGUCCCACAUCACACAAAAUAACUUUACUUUCAAAAGUAAAAUAACAUAUUUAAUUGUUAUCGCAGUAGCAAGCUCAUUGUCAGCUUAAGUGUUGUAUUAUGUAUUAAUAUCAUGACCAAUUGUUUAUCUCCGGUGCGUUGCUAUUUCGGCCCAACUAAUGCAGCACGUCAAGCUAGUCCAGUCUGGUUUCUCAGCUUUCAAAGAGUUAUGAAUUCCCCAGGGGACGCACUCAAGCACAAAGGAACAAACAAGUAUUUGUUAUAAAGGAAUGACACUGUUGAGAGCACCACCUGGUUGAAUUCACAUUGCAAUUCAAGCUAUUUGUUUUGUUUUAAUGGACAGUGGUUGUUGUUCAAAUUUGAAAUGUUUUAUCGUGAGACAAGAAGCCCAGUUAUCAGUAUUCUGUAUUUUUUAGACUGCCCUCUUUAAAAUAAUGCUUAUUUUGACAUUUAUAACCAUUUGCAACAUAAUAAUUGCAUUGUUUGAGAACAUCUUUUCUCGUUUACUAGCCUUUAUUAGCCUUUAACUGUGAUAAAGGGCAAAUAUGUUUCAGGAAAGCCCUCGCAAUUUUUUAAUAAGGAAAAUAAAUUAUAAUUGGAACAAAAUCAUUUGAUAGCAGCCCUCUAAUAACCAUAGAUACAGUAGAUAAUCCUUAUCCUCAUACUCUAGUAUUUUAUUAUCGAGUAUCAUGAAUUGUGUCAUAACACCAUCCCCUUACUGAAAUCGCACUUUGAGAAUUGGAUUCUCUUUCACAAGAUAAAAGAUCUUGAAAAAUUGAUCUUUUAGUUUGUUUUGCUCUUACAAUACAUCAUGCAUACAUUUACAAUGUUGUGACUUAUGUUAGUAUUGUUUUUAGGAUUGUAGACACAAGCUGUACCAUGAACUAAGUAAUCUCCUGAACAGAACUUGUAAAACAUAAAACAGCCAUUCUUUGGAGGAUAUCUCAUGCUCUGUGGUCCUUUGUCAACUUUAUUAGAAUAUGUUACUUAAGAUCACAAUACAAUUAUAGGUACUCUAAAUUAUGCGUGACAAACGUACAGUUUCAUGAACUUUGGUUGUGUGCCAUUUAUUUCAAAAUAAAAACGAAAUACAAUGGUG